ACAGAUCUGAUAAUGGGUGACGUAGUGCUCAUUGCUCAGUCAUACCUAUCAAUGGAGAGCGACAACCUACGUAAAAUGGCAUGUCAUCAGUGUCUACAGUUUCAUGCCUAUGGAGGCAACACAACAACUCCAUCAAUGAUAGCAUCAUCAACAUCAACAUCAACACCAACAUCAUCGUCUACGACAUCAACUACAUCAACGACCACAACUACAGCGCCAACAUCUUUAACACUUCGUUGUAGUGGAUGCAAUGAAGUUUAUUGGUGUGACGAUAUGUGCAUGGCAGCUGGCAAUGACAUUCACCAGAGGUACGAGUGUGCCUACUUCAAGAGACUUCGAAGUUAUAAAGGUGUCCGAUUCAACGCUGAUUCAAUGACAGAGAUCAAGAUGUUGUUGGGACUUCUAGGAAGAUACAUCGACAUCAAACAUGGCUUUAGUGGAGCAACUCCACCUUCAACUCCAACAUUAUCAGGUGGUAGUAGUAGUAGUAGUAGUAGUAGUUCAAUGGGUACAAUGGUCAUAGAUGGUACAGAAUAUCCUAUCACAUAUAGCUCAAUCGAUGAUGUAUUCCAGUUGGUAGAGAAUGAUAUAAAUGAGAACACAAACAAGGCUGCUUCGGAUCUUGUCGACGAGAUUACAAUGUUUAUCAAACUGCUGCUCAAGGAUGUACUGCUGCCAAUGCCAAGGAAGGGCAAGAAGAAUAUGGACGAGCAACAACAACUGCAACAUCAGAACGACAUGCAGAAGCGACAACAGAUAGUGGAUGAUGUCGUGCCAAGGAUAAGAUCACUGGCAUGCAAGGUCAGAUGCAAUCAGUUUGGUAUAUGGUCCAAGCGAGACAAGUGCAUUGGAGUGUCCGUCACACCGGCUGCCUCCUACUUCAAUCAUUCAUGCUGUCCAAACAUCGUUGACAUCAGAGGCACUACGACCGUUGUAUUCAAAGCACUACACAACAUUGCCAAGGGCACUCCACUAUGCAUCACCUAUCUCGACAUGGACCAGCCAACACAAGAGCGACAGGACUACCUAAAGAUGUUCUAUUACUUUGAUUGCAGAUGUAUACGAUGUAAGGAUCAGACAGAGGAGAUUGAUGGAUGGAUAUCAAGAUUCUAUUGCCAGAGGUUCAAGUGCUCUGGCACCUAUUUCAUCGAGGACAAGCACAGGGAUAUAGCAGAGGAGAGUGUACAGUUGACCUGUAGUUAUUGUUACACAAAGAUCAGUGUUCAUCCCGAUAGGAUGGUGUCACCAGAGACUGUGAAUAAAUAC